CCGGCCCGCCCCCAGCCCCGCGCGGGAAGAGCCGGGCCCUCCCGCGGGCUGGUCGCGGCGCGGCGCUGAGGUAGAAGAAUACAUGUUUGCAUUCAGUGAACAAGAGAAUGUUCCCAAACUCAAUUUUGGGUCGUCCACCCUUCACCCCGAACCAUCAUCAGCAUAGUUUCUUUGCCCUGUCACCAACUCUUUACUCACACCAGCAACUUAUAGAUGCACAGUUCAACUUUCAAAAUGCAGACUUAUCUAGAGCUGUGUCCUUACAGCAGCUGACAUACGGAAAUGUCAGUCCAAUACAGACCUCAGCAUCUCCAUUAUUUCGAGGAAGAAAGAGACUAAGCGAUGAACAAAACCUUCCUCUUGAUGGCAAACGGCAGCGUUUCCAUUCACCCCAUCAAGAGCCAACUUUAAUUAACCAGAUAGUGCCUUUACCAGGGGAACGAAGAUACUCAAUGCCACCAUUGUUUCAUGCGCACUAUGUACCUGAUAUAGUCAGAUGUGUUCCACCUUUUCGAGAACUAUCACUCUUAGAACCUAGAGAAAUCACACUGCCUGAGGCCAAAGAUAAGCUGAGUCAGCAGAUCCUGGAGCUGUUUGAGGCGUGUCGGCAGCAAGUGAGUGACCUGAAGAAGAAGGAGCUCUGUAGAGCGCAGCUGCAGACGGAAACCCAGCUGCUCUUCCCGCAAAGCAGACUUUUUUUGGUUGGGUCUUCUUUAAAUGGAUUUGGUACCCGGAGCAGUGAUGGUGACCUAUGCCUCGUUCUUAAAGAAGAGCCGGUCAAUCAGAAGACUGAAGCACGUCAUAUACUCACCUUAGUCCAUAAACACUUCUGUACUAGACUUUCUGGCUACAUUGAGAGACCUCAACUGAUUCGUGCAAAAGUGCCAAUUGUGAAGUUCAGGGAUAAAGUCAGUUGUGUGGAAUUCGACUUGAAUGUAAACAAUACUGUUGGAAUAAGAAACACAUUCCUUCUCAGAACUUACGCAUACCUUGAAAAUCGAGUUCGUCCAUUAGUGCUGGUGAUAAAGAAGUGGGCAAGUCACCAUGAUAUCAAUGAUGCCAGUCGUGGCACAUUAAGCAGCUAUAGUUUUGUAUUGAUGGUUUUGCACUAUUUACAAACCCUACCAGAACCCAUCCUUCCAUCCCUCCAAAAAAUUUACCCAGAAUCUUUUAGCACUGCAAUACAGCUUCAUCUUGUACAUAAAGCUCCAUGUAAUGUUCCUCCUUACCUCUCAAAGAAUGAAUCAAGUCUUGGGGAUCUCUUACUGGGCUUUCUGAAAUACUAUGCUACAGAAUUUGACUGGAACAGUCAGAUGAUUUCAGUUCGUGAAGCCAAAGUCAUCCCAAGGCCUGAUGGUAUUGAAUGGAGAAACAAAUAUAUCUGUGUAGAAGGUAAUGCUACCAAGACUACUUCUAACAUCUUGUUAUUCAGUUAUUAUUAG